AUGACGCGAAGCUUUAGGGUCGAAUGGACAGACGGCAGAAAGAUGGCGGAUGACAAGAGCAAUAGCAUAGGCAAUCAUUCCGCUAAUAAACGCCUCUGGAGCCCGUCCGUGCGGGGACCGGCUCUCAUCUUUAUCUGUGCCCUGUUGGCGGAGCCCGCGCGAGCCACCACGCACUGGGUGGUGACGGAGGACGGAAAAAUACAGCAGCAGGUGGACUCUCCUCUUAACUUGAAACAUCCCCACCAUUUAGUUCUUUUCAUGCAGCAAGAGACCCGUGUGAACUACCUCAAGAAGUUAGAGAAGCAGCUAGUUGCUCAGAAGAUUCACAUUGAAGAGAACGAGGACCGGGAUACUGGUUUAGAGCAGCGACAUUAUAAAGAAGAUGCGGACUGCGUCACAGCUAAAGUUCCUCUGGGAGACUUGGAUCUUUAUGAUGGCACGUUUAUAUCCUUGGAAAGCAAAGACAUAAAUCCGGAGCAUUUCUUGGAUCUGAUGUCAGCUCUGACUCCAGACCUGGAAAAACCUGACUGCGCAAAACUUCUCGACCUCCCUUAUAGCAUUCAUGCAUUUCAGCACCUUAGGGGUGUGCAGGAGAAGGUGAACCUCACAUCACCUUUGCUUUCAAAGGAUGACCCAAUCUUUACCUCCUUGUCUCUUAAACUGGGGCAGAGUGUGGAUGAGGUUGGGCAUCGGAUACACCAAGCCCUCCUAAAAAACUCCUCCUCAUGGGUGCUUUACAACUUGGCCUCGUUCUACUGGCGGAUAAAGAAUGAUCCCAGGCGAGCUGUGGACUGUGUGGUCCGUGCCCUCCAUUUUUCUCCAAGGCAGCACAAAGAUGUUGCUCUCGUCAAUAUGGCGAACGUACUUCACAGAGCACAUUUCUCAGCUGAUGCAGCCAUCCUUGCCCACGCGGCUCUGGAUCUCACCACCGAUCUACUUACCAGCCAUUACACCCUGGGCAACAUUUAUGCUAUGCUGGGGGAGUAUAAUCACUCAGUGCUGUGCUAUGAGCAGGCUCUGCAGGCUCAGCCAGGCUUCGAGCAGGCCCUGAGGAGGAAACAUGCUGUCCUCUGUCAGCAGAAGCUGGAGCAGCGGCUCGAGGCUCAACACCGGUCUUUGCAGCGCACCCUGAAUGAACUGAAGGAGUACCAGAAGCAGCACGAUCAUUAUCUGCGACAGCAGGAGAUGCUGGACAAGCACAAGCUCAUUCAGGAGGAGCAGAUCCUGCGCAACAUCAUCCACGAGACCCAGAUGGCUAAAGAGGCACAACUGGGAAAUCACCAAAUGUGUCAUUUGGCCCAACAGAAGUUCACAUUGCACUGCCCGUUUGACUUGCCUGUACGCUAUCAUCGUGGAGAACUGUUUGAAAAUGUCCACUAUAUUCAGUUUGGCGAGGAGGUGUCAGUAGCCAGCAGUGUUGCUCUGGUGUCGGAGUUGAGUGUAAAUGAGAGUCACAGUCCUCAGCAGUCCUACACUGUGUCUUUAGGACGGGAGCCUGCAGCCCACUGGGAUAAAGAGACCACCACCACUGAUGAGAGUCGGACAGUGCUUUGGCCCAGGAGGUCAGACUGUGCACAGCGGUUUCCCACAAUCCCCCCUGCUUACCUCCUUCCCACCUAUUACCUGCCACCUGAAUCCCGCAACCUUAAGGCUCUGAAUAUCCUCUUGGACAACAUAAGCCCUCCACCAUCGACAAAGAUGCCAGAUUGCAGUUUAAAGAAUGUGGUCGGCAAUAGAGACCCGCUGGACUCUAUGUCUUGGGCCUUGGAAAAAGAGCUGCGUGACCCACAGGCUGCAGAGGUGCUGCUGAAGCGCAGUGGUGGGAGGAGUUUGGAGCAAACUGGAGCACUGAUUGCUCAGGCUCUGGAGAAGAUGAGUGGCCCGCGGUGGAUGAUGCAGAACGAGGCAGGUCUUUUCUGGCGUGCUAAAGGAAAUGGCACACAAGCUUUGGUGUGUUUGCGUCAGGCUCUUCAUUCUGCUCCUCCUCAGCACAGAGACCUGCCUCUGGUCAACACUGCUAAUCUGCUGCUGCACUACGGCCUGCACAGCGAAGCCCAUGAGCUGCUGCAACAGGCCCUGCAGAUCAACCAAUCAGAGCCUCACACCCUGUUAAGUCUGGUCAACGUUCACCUCUCUCAGGGAAACCUGACUGGCGCUUUGGCUGUGUUUCGUCAGGCCCUGACUCUAAGCAUUCACUGUGGCCAGUGUCGGGCCAGCCUGCCUCUAAUGCGCUGCCUCCAGUUUUACCCCUUACUCUACAACCUCCAGCACCAGGCCUGUUCAACUGGUGGAGCCUGUGAGGUGGAGGAAGACUCAGAGCUGGAGGACUGGGACACGGGCAGUAGCAGCGGCAGGCAGGAGGUCUGGGACAGUGAUGCCAUGCCUGUGUCUGCUUUAGAAGACUCGCUCCUCUUUGAGAAGGUGGUGGUGGACAGUAAUGGCUCUGGGGAGGCCAGUGGACAGGAUAGGACCCGAGAGCCAAAGGCUGAAGGGGGGGAAGAAGAAGAGCAGGACUGGCGUCUGAGAGAAGAGCUGAUUGGAGCUUUUGAAGGGGCUCUGGACAUGAACGGGAAGACAGGGGAUCUGCGGGGCAUCCGUGUGCUGAAAAAUGACAGGGUCAUGGGGGCGAGAGGGGGAGGGCCCUGCUUCGGCAACUGUGAGGAUGAUGAGGGAGCUGAAUGGAUUACAUUCCAGGUGAAACGAGUAAAAAAGCCUAAAAGUGAUGCGUCAGAAGGUUGGGUGGGAGAAGGAGACGUUCGUCAGACUGAACCAACAGCGAGCAACUCCAUCCUUGAGAUCAGUGGACCCACAAUCCCCUCACCCGGACCCUCAGAGAGGUGGAAGGACUACAGCAGCCUGGGUUGGCCUGGUCCUGAGGAGUGCCAGCGCACACGUCGUGUGGACCUCACCACUGUGGCGAGCACCUGGCUGGCAGUUUCUGCAAAGAACAUUGACAUCACAGAGCACAUCGACUUCGCCACUCCGCUCCAGGAGCCAGCGGUGGAGCCCGUGUGUAAUGCCAACCUCCCUGCAAGCAUGCACACACUUGACCACCUGAGCGGGGUCGCCAACCGCGGAGGCAUUCACUACACUGGAGAGAGUCAGCUCAGAGAGGUAUUGCAGAAUCUGGGAAAAGAUAAAUUUCCCUCACAGUCUUUUGAACAAGUGGGAACACGUAUUGCUAAGGUGUUGGAAAAGAAUCAGACGUCCUGGGUUCUGUCCAGUAUGGCAGCGUUGUACUGGAGGGUGAAAGGUCAGGGGAAAAGAGCCAUCGACUGCCUGCGCCAGGCUCUGAACUACGCUCCUCACCACAUGAAGGAUGUGCCUCUCAUCAGCCUCGCCAACAUCUUCCAAAAUGCCAGAUUAUGGGAGGACGCCCUGACUGUGGCGCGCAUGGCAGUGGAAAUCGCACCUCACUUUGUGGUUAACCAUUUUACCCUGGCAAACGUCUAUAUAGCUAUGGAGGAGUUUGAAAAGGCCAUGCAUUGGUAUGAGUCAACUCUAAAACUCCAGCCAGAAUUUGGACCAGCCAAAGACCGUUUGCGCACCAUCCAGUGCUACCUCCUCUCCAAGAGAGACCGGCGAGCUCCCUGAACACACACACAAACAUGCUCCUUAAUCUUAGCUAUCAGUGAGGAUCACUGUGUUUGUCUAUUUGUUGUCUUAAUUUCGUAACUAUAAACCAUAUCAUUACUGUCUAUAAGGUUGGCUUUCCAACUGAACAGUUACCUAUUUUUUUUGGACCUUAAAGAAAAUGUUAUGAUGUUUUAUGGCUUAUGGGUUGCUUAUUUAUUUUCGAUAAAACAUCUUGAUAUCCCUGGAAAAAAGCGGUAUUAUCUGGGGGUCGUGAUUCUGACAUUGAUUGUGCCAGGUUGUAUUUGAAUGCUAAUGUUUCUUUUUUAAACAAUAUCAAUAAUGCAAUUUUACUACCA